AUGCAAGGCACCCGCGUCUGGCGAUGCUGCGCGGUCAGACCCGCCUCCUGGAGCCAGCACGGGCAGGUUCACUCGUCAGCGGACCCUCACAGGCUGGCUGUGCGGCAGAGGCCCCGCUCCUCCGGCCGCGCUGUAGAGUUUCGGCCGGGCUGCGCGACACCCGCGCCCCUGCCGCUGCCUCCAACUUCUCCCCGCCCCGCCGGCCGGGGAUCCACGCCGCCGCUUCGCUGUAUCCGCCGCAUCGCGACUGAGAACUGCUGUUCCCCUUGGGGCUACGGCGGGUGCGGGCAGCCCGCCUCAGGGAGCGGCGAGCUCAGGACGGGACGCGCCUCCGAGAGCGGCUGCGGCGGCUGGCCGGCAGCCACACAAAGCGCCGCUCUCCCCUCCCUUUGUCUGCGUGGCUUUGUCUCCUCCGUCCCCCCGUCGCGGGCCCGGGCUCCCCGGCCUCGGAUGUGUCCUGCGCGCCACCUGCGCGCCGUGGGAACGGCGGCUCAGCCCAGUCCCCGCCCAGCCGCUCCGCCGCCGGUGUCCGCGCACAGGUGCACGGGCGGUGCCGCGGAGCGCGUCCCCGUGUCGUCCCCCCCCCCGCGGGGCCCGUCGGGCAGCCGCUGCCGCCGCCGCCACCCCUCCGGUCGGCAGCGCGCCCCCCUGCGCGCGCCCCCGCCGCCUGACGCUCCACCCCGGAGGAGCGCGGAGAGCGCGUGA